GUAAAACCAAACAAAUUUUCUCCUCACAAAUAAAUUUUUUAUAUGAAAAAAGAUGUUUUCUGACAAAAAAAAAAUUGAAUGCAAAGAAAGAAGCCCUAGUAUAUGUUGGGUUUCCUUGCAAAUUGCAAUUCAGAAUGUGAAAAUAUUCUCCAAAUAAUGAUGCAAGGAAAAGGAAAGUAAAAUUUCGAUUCCCUAUCCCGCUGGUGGGGGGAAAUUCCUUUUACCCAGUUUCUUGCGCAUAAAGCCAAAGAAUCUCGUCGAUUUUUUCUACCUUUUUACCUUUAUUACCAUUCAUCUCACGUUUAUUAUGUGUAUGUAUGUAGUAUGUCCUCAUCAUUGCCGUAUCAUCACAAUCGCUGCAUUAAAUAUACAGCGGCGGCUGGUACGCAAUCCCAAAAAUAUCAAUCUUAAAAUUAGGUGAAGGAUUUUAGAGAGAGAAAGAGUGGCAUCUCCGGGUUUCUUCUCCGUAGCUAAUGCCGUUUGCCCCACAGGAUCUGUUAAAUUACGAGACAAAGGAAUUACCUCUAUCUAGGACAUGGAGCAAAUUUUCUUCUGGUCAGACUGCUACCAGCUCCAGGGUCUUCCUUUCCAGGAAUUUCUUGAAUGGCAGUUUGUCAUCCUUGGAGAUUUUCUUCCUGUUUCAUUUGUCGAUUGCACUUAGACAACAGCUUAUUGUCAAUGCUCAGUACAUGAGGCUGAAGCAUAUCUUCCGAUAGAGUUGCUGUCGGUUCAGCUACGCCAUUAGUCUUCUUGCGCAGUUCUGCUAUUGCUCGUGCAUUGCCUCUGCAAAGUGCAUUUGUGAUCCUUACGGAGCAGACUUUGAGUCUGCAGGUGUUAGAAGGAAUUCUUUUGGCUAUUAAGUAUUAGGUAGCUUUUUGCACUGCAUCUAUGCAGUGUUUUUGGUAUUAACAAGGGCAUCUUUUCAACUACCAUUUGAUGGCCUCUUGACAGUGGCAAGUUUUGGUUGACGGAGGAUUUGUAUCAAAUUCUGCAUUACAAUGUCCGGAAACUUUGCUUUACCAUGUGUUCGACUGAUAGUUGUAGGAAAUUUGAUUUAGUGUACUUCAUAAAUAAAGCUUUGAAGCUCAUCCAUCAUAGUCGCAUUCUGCAGUGAAGCUGAAGAGUGAUGGUGGAUUGCUGAUUAACAAGGGUGUCUGAAGACUAUCCGCAGUUAUUUAGCAUAUUAUAUAUAUAGUGCUUUCUGUGGUGUUGAAAACUCUACAAUGGAAAGAUUCAAGGUCAUAAAAGAAGUUGGUAAUGGUGCUUUUGGAAGUGUUUGGAGAGCUCUAAGCAAGCAAUCUGGUGAAGUGGUUGCGAUAAAAAAAAUGAAGAAGAAAUAUUAUUCAUGGGAAGAAUGCAUAAAUCUGAGAGAAGUCAAGUCGCUGAAGAAAAUGAACCAUCCAAAUAUAGUAAAGCUGAAGGAAGUAAUUAGGGAGAAUGAUGUGUUGUACUUUGUUUUUGAGUACAUGGAAUUCAAUCUAUACCAGCUUAUGAAGGACAGAGUAAAACUUUUCUCUGAAGUAGAAGUGAGAAACUGGUGCUUCCAAGUGUUUCAAGGUCUUGCAUGCAUACACCAAGGAGGAUUCUUCCAUCGUGACCUCAAACCAGAGAACUUGCUAGUAUCAAAGGAUGUCAUCAAAGUUGCUGAUUUUGGUCUUGCUCGUGAAAUUAAUUCUCUGCCUCCAUUCACUGACUAUGUCUCUACUCGCUGGUACCGAGCCCCUGAAGUCCUGCUGCAGUCAUCAGUAUAUGGUCCUCCAGUUGACAUGUGGGCAAUGGGUGCAAUCAUGGCUGAGUUAUUCACACUCCGUCCUCUGUUUCCGGGUACAAGUGAGGCUGAUGAGAUUUACAAGAUAUGUUGUGUGAUUGGCAGCCCAACAUAUAAUGAAUGGGCUGAGGGGCUUAGACUUGCCAGCACUAUCAAUUACCAGUUUCCUCAAGUUGCUGGAGUUGAUCUAUCCAUGCUGAUGCCAGGUGUUAGUGGGGAUGCAAUUAAUCUUAUUUCUUCCCUGUGUUCGUGGGAUCCGUGCAAGAGGCCGACAGCCAUGGAGGCCCUUCAACAUCCUUUUUUCCAGAGCUGCUUUUACAUUCCACCAUCACUACGUUCUAAAACUGCUCUUGCGAAAACACCUCCAGUUGAAACCAGGGGAGUUUUGGAGCAAAGUGGUAGAAAAUAUCCAGGAAGAUUAUCGAACCCAAAGCCCAUGAACAAUGUCAAUUUCACCAAAUCAAAGGCAUCCUUGAGCUCAAGUGUGCAAAGAAAGUUGGAUUUGAACAAUCAGGAUAUCGCUAAAACUGAUAAAAACCAGCCGAGCAAUGUGAAGCAACAGCCAAAGUAUCGUCCACCUGGAAUGAAUGGCCCACCCGGAUGGUCAGGAAAGACGCGUGGAGUGUCUGAUGUGGCGGAUAAGUUUUCAAACAUGACAGUUAGCUCUAACAGGGCAAUAGCAAAGGGGUCAUCAGUAGGUCAAGCUAUGAAGUCUGGAGGAUGGCAGGGGCAAUCUGAUAUGUAUUCGAGACGAUCACAGGAGUUUCUCCCGGGAAGAUCAAGAUCGUAUUCCAAGAAGGUGGCCGGAUAACGGAACUGCACUAUACAUGUAUUUAGACACUAUAAAUGUUUGUCUUAUCAUUCAACUUCAUGCGAUAUGGCUGUGUGUUUAUUUGUUAUGUUGAGAUUUUUAGUUGAGCGGAGCAAACUACUCCUCACUUAAUAAAUGUGUUUUUCAUUCUAA